UCCUUAUCAACAUUUACAACGUAUUGUUAUUUACCUAUCUGUCCCAGGGCUCUAGAUGGUUGGAAAAUGAAGUCAUUGGUAUAGUGUUUUCCAUAUUCAUUUACUGUGGGUAGAGGACAUACCUGGAUAAUAUUUAAGCUGCUUGAGUGGACAUAAAAGACUUCAAGGUUAGCUAUGUGACCUAAGCUUCCUUGUGGUUUGAAUAAGUCUUGAAAAUUUUACAAAGAUGGGUGCGUGUAAAGGAUGCAGCCAAUUUUUCCUCACAAUCGUCAACAUCGUUUUCUCAUUGAUUGGGAUAACCUUGUUAGUGGUGGGGUCAGUUGUAAGAUGGGGUGACGAUUUCAUGAACAAUAUCCUCCAGGAUUCCUACAGUAGACUGGCCUCGGCCUUAAAGGAUGCUGGGGCUGAUGCCAAUCUCAACGACUUCAACAUCGCUGACUUCGUUGGAGACGCCACAUUGGCCUUCAUAAUUCUUGGCGCCUUUUUCUUUGUCCUUGGUAUUCUUGGUUGUGUAGGCGCUUGUUGCCAAGUGAAAUGUAUGCUUGUAGUAUACGUGGUAUUCCUUGUAAUUUUAUUGUUGGUAGAAAUCACAUUUAUCAUACUGAUUUUUGCUGUUCGCAGUGAGGUUGACAGUUGGAUAAAGAAACCGUUCAAAAAAGCAAUAAAGGAGGAAUACAAAGGAAUUCAUUCAAAAGAAUCCAUCUCUAUAGCGAUCAACUUUGUGUCUGUAGAGUUUGAAUGUUGUGGAGUUGACAAUUAUUCAGACUUCAAUUCGUCUACGUUAUGGAGGAAUGAGACUGUAAAUGAAACAAACCCCCUAAUUCCAGUGAUUUGUUGUAAAAAUAGAACAAGUGACGCCAUAAAAAGCUGUGUGGAAAAUCCAAACCAAAACAAUUCUUAUGCAUAUCAGGGCUGCUAUAAUGCAAUAGACAACUGGCUUAUAAAGAACCAAAACAUUAUGAUUGGCGUUGGAGCUGCUGUUUUGGCGGUUGAGCUGUUGUUGAUGAUUUUCGCCCUGGUUGUGUGUAAAUCAGGAGAGAAGGACGAUGAAGAAGACUGACCAUAAUAUAGAUGUAGGUGAGACGACCAUUAGAUAUAGCGGGCUUUAUAAACCAAUCUACAAAUUUUAGUCACACAAUCCUAUCCUGAAGCUCAGCUUAGUUCUUCAGCAUUUAUAAUUGUUUUAAUCCAGUGAUCUUACGUUCUACUACUCUUCACACCUAUAUAUAAUUCAUAAAUUUGUACAUAGAAUUUUACAUGCCUAUUUUUUUUUCCUGUGUUACUAGCUGCUGUUAGCAGUACUAGUAAUUUAAUCGAUGAAAGGAAAAUAAAUAUUAAUCUAGGUUUUACACUUUGUACUUAAGCAUUCUUACAAAACCUUAAAGCCCUCUACUUCCCAGAAUACAGAAAUAUUGGAAAAUAUUUUUUGUGUACGAUUCAUGCAGGAACACAUCUCUGUCGAAGCCCUUAAAGGUUAAGGUAAAAUAAAUAUAUGAAGAUUGACCUUUAUCUUUGUUUUAUUGCUUUAGUCCAUGUCGCCUCUAUUUCAGUGUGCUAUAACAUUACAUGUAUAUUUAAAUAUAUUUAAAAUAAAUUUUAUACCCACUGAUCAUUUCAGUAUUACUGUUUUUUUUAAUAUUGUUUGUUCAAUUGUUGAAAAGAAAUCGAUAACAUUGCAUUGUACACAAUCAGUUAUUGCAUGUAGAUUGUAAAAUGCUUUUGAAAUUAUCUUAGCAUACGUAUAUUUUAAAAAUGUGUAAAAAGACUAAUAUUAAAUUUAACCAUUAAAAUGUUUUUCGUUCUGAUUAUGACAUCAGGAGGAAAGAAAGAUGAUAAUUGUGAGUAAUUAAGAUCAGUAAGAUCUCUUUCUCCUAGCUACUGAUUCUUUUACAUCUAUAAUGUGUACGUUGCCAAUUCUGUAUUCAUGUGUAAUUACAUGUAUAUUCAGUGUCACCAAUAAUCUUAAUUAAUAUCUUUAUCUAUUAAUGUUUGUUUUAUAAUGUGUGUUCUAUCACUUCAAUAAGUUGACAAAAUGCAUGUUUGCUCAUGUAUGACUGUAUUUUGUUAUUAUUCCUUAUCAAAUGAAUAAAAUAUAAUUUGUU